AUGGCUUCGUGCGAAGGAAAGAACGAAGAAGAGCGGAAAGCGAAGAAGAGCGGCAGCUUACGGCUGAGGAAACCCAAGGACCGCCCCAAGCUGAUGGACCUCCAGCCUGCGCCACCCACCACCUCAGCUUCGGAGGGAGCCGUCGAGGUGCUCCAGCCGGGCAGAGGACGUGCCGACUCAGCAGCCGCCACCACUACCACCACGACCCCACCAGCCGGCGAAGAGGGUACUGCGACGGAUUCGGCGACCAAGAAGCGGCACCAGCGCUCGCGGUCGGUCGGGAAGGGAGGCCUCAUGAACCUCAUCGGCCUCAAGAAGAAGACGACGCAGAAGAACAGGCAAGGUACCGGCGCCACGACGCAGGCUGACGGGUGUGGUCGUCACGGCAACCACGCUGCACCUCUGGUGGAUGCCGAAGAGGGCGAGCAAUCGAAGAAGACCGUGAGCGCCGUAGUUACCAGCACCGCGGACAAGAGCGCCCAAGGGCCACGCGCUGAUGAUGACGUGGACGGCGAAGGCGAUGACCAGAGUGCGCCCGAGACCGACUCGUCGUCGGCGGCCGACGAGCAGCCCCAGCCCACGGCCGCAGAUACGGAGGAAGACGACGCCGAUUCCUCGGAAUUGGCGGAGCAGGCCGAAGCCGACGACCCCCGGCCGUCGUCUGCUGAAGAUGCGCCGCCGGGGCGCCCGGCCGCCUCCAGGCCAGUCUCGGACUACGGGGCGUCUUCGUCGAAGCAGAUCAACCGGAGGAACCUGUCCGGACAGGUGAAGUUGUUCCCUCCGCUGCCGUCCACGCCCGACCCGGCCACCACGAAGCAGGCCGAGGCCGGCUCACCAGCGCCGACGGUGUCGGUACUGGCCCGUGCGGCUGAUGCACCGGCGCCAGCUGGGCCGCCGGUGCCGGCUCUGCGGUCGCACUUGUCGGCGGUAUCGGUGAUGCAUCAGACGCGGCUCUCAGCCCGCAAGCGGAUGACGAUGGACCCCGGCGCGCUCAAGGCCCUCUACGCGCAGGACCCCGCCUUCCAGCGCCGCCUCUCCAGCACCACCACCAGUGUCAGCGCACAGGUGAGCGACCAGACCACCAACACUGGGUUGGUCCAGGCACCGGUUGUUGAGGGGCCGGAGGUGCUGCUCGCGCUGCAGACCUUGGCCGAGCAGGGGAUCGAAGAAGACGAUAUCUGGAACGGCAAGCCCGAGGUGUUCCCCUUGCUGGAGCCCUUCAAGAACGAACUCAAGAAGGCCGUCGGGGUGGGCUGCAAGAGCAGCGCGGUCAACUUCCUCCUGCCGGACAUUUCGUUCUUCGGCGAACUCAAGGCCAAGACCUUCAAAGUCAACAACCUCCAGCCCAUCGCGCACGCAUCGCUGGAUUCUCUUCUGCAGCUGCUGCACGCCAUCACGGCGAAGCUGGGCGGCAAGUCCAUGACCCUCCGCCGCUCGUCCUUCGCGCUGAGCACCCUCGCUGGCCAUCAACUCGACCCUCGCGAAGUCCUCGCCAGCUACGGCUUGGGUUCGAUCCUGCAGAUGUGGGAGCUGAGGAUUGUGGUGCUGAAGCGGGGCAUAUCGGGCGUGCACGCGGCAGUGGACAAGAAGCCCCUGCCCAACCCGCAGCAGCUGAUCUUCGAGCAGGUCAAGGGCCUCCAGAGCCAGACCGCCGACCUGGGCCAGCGCGUGGGCCACGCCGAGGCCGAGCAGCGGCAGAUCGAGGCCCGUAUGGAGGAGCUCGCGCGGGAGAUCGAAAAGAACGAUCGCGAACGAGAAGAGGCCCGUGCGGCUGACGAGGCCGAGAGCCAGCAGCGGCUCAGGCGCGAGUGGCGGCUCGACGUUGAGGGCGGCAUCGAGCGGCUCCGGGGCGAGCUAGCGCAGCGCGUCGAGCAGCGCGAGGCGAGGCUUCUCUCCGAGGCCAAGGAGCUGCGCGACGAGCUCGAGCAGGAGCGCGGCCAGGCCCGGGAGAAGGAGGACCGCCUCACGUCGGCCCUGGCUGCGCUUGCGGGCGAGGUCGAGGCGAUGCGUGCCCGCGAGGCCCAGGAGCGCCAGCGUGUGGAGUGCCUGGUUGCGGUCUUGCGCGAGGAGAUGGAGGAGCGCGAGCGCGAGCGCACCCAACGGGAGCAGGCCCUGCGGGAGGAGAUCGAGCGCGCGCAGGCGCUGAUGAAGGGCGGGGACGAGGCCAAGCAGGCGCAGAGCGAGCUCGACGUGGCGAAGGUGGUGGCCGGCCUCCAGGCCGAGAACGACCGGCAGCGCAAGGAGCUGGUCAGGCGGGUGCACGGCGACUGGGAGCGGGAGAAGCAGGCGCUCGUGGCUCACCUGCAGGCCGAGUGGGAGCGGGAGACCAGGGCCACGGUCCAGCGGCUGCGCGAGGACUGGGAGCUGGAGCGGGCCAAGGAGCACGAGGCCCUCGCGAGGCGGGCGCGCGAGGAGCGCGAGGAGAAGCAGCGUGAGCUGGCGGAGCGCGAGAGGCGCGAGGAGCGGAGCCUGGUGCAGCAGGAGAGCGGGAAGGCCCUGCGCGAGGUACUCGAGACGGUGGCCAAGCUCCAGAGCCACCUCGAGGCCUCGGAGAAGAAGGUCGAGCGGCAGGCCAAGGCCCUCGAGAUCCUCGACAAGCGCGUCAAGGCCGCCGCCGUAGCUCCUCCUUCCGCGUCGUCUUCUUCGGCCGUGACCCCGCCGCCUCCGCCGCCGCCCACCGUAGUCACACCCGCCGCAGCCCUGUCCAUCAUCGCCAAGCCCGCUGCCUCCAAGCGACCCGCACUCAAGCGGGAGGACCAGAGCUGUGCCAACCUGCUGCUGGCGGGCCUGCAGAAGCGGUUCUCGGCGAUCCAGCAGAGCCAGGCCGAAGAGCUCGAGGAGGCGGACGACGCCUCGUGGCAGUACACCCCCUGA